CCAGCAUCAUAAUGCCGCCCAACUACAGUCCAGGCACGGACACCGAUUACCAACGCUGGCUUGCGAGCGAAAGUCGCCGCCCUUCAGACGAUUCAAUACCUCCCUACGGACCCUACGAGAAUGAUCCCUAUGAAGCAUACGAUGGUGAAGACGUUCGCCCUGAUAAUGUCGCCUCAUACGAAGCCAUGCACAAGGUUACGAAUCCAAGCCACAAUCCUUCAUUAAAUCCCGAUACCUCUCGACUCCUUACAUAUCGACCGUGCAUCUCAAAUAUGGCCGUGUAUUAUAUACUCGUCGUGGUGCUUCUCCUGGUAUUACGAUACGCCUGGCGGUCGCGGCAGAGCGAAGAGCUUGAACACCCGAACCGGCCUCGAAAGGACAGUUUGCGACUGCCACGGCCGACCGAUCGAGCGAAGUUUUGAUGUGGAAUGCAUGGGAAUUAUUCCGUCCAGCAGCUACGUACGCACUGCGACGGGCCUGGAGCCGGUCGCGAUGACGUGGGUCUGCUAUGAUGCUUGCUUACUUGGACUCUGGAGUUCGGCUGGGAUGAUCCACUUUGGCGUUAAUUUGAACGGUUGAAAAGUGACUGAGUUUGGUUAAGGUAUGGUGUUGGG